UAGUCUCAAAGGUGCCACAGGACCCUCUAUUGCUUUUUAUCUCUGUAUGAUGUAGUUGUGUCUGAAUCUGUUGUGGAAUUUUUUUUACAUAUGAAUGUUAAGACUUUUCAUGUUUUCUAUGUCACUGGUAAUUGAUAUUUAAAUAUUAAGUUGCCGAGUGUGAAGUUGCAGUAACCUCCCUCCCCCCAAAUUAGGACACAAACACACACAAAAAUCUAAAAUAAUAUAGACUAUAUUAUGCUAUUAUAUAAAACAGUGGCUCCUGUGUGCAGUAUCUCUACUGCAUCUCACAAAGGAUAGUGCAGAAUGAGAGGACAGAGAAUGCCCUCAUAAAGUGACAAGGAAACUGGGCCCAGUGGUUUUGUGAAGAGUAUCUCUGGUGUGCCUUAGGGUUGGGCAAUGUGUUGAGCCAGCCCGCUGAGAACAGGGCUAGUAUACAGUGAGGAUAUGAGUGACACCGCUGCUGAAAGGUGAGGCUGUGAGUAUCACGUCUGUGACUUGGAAGGGCCCGCCCAUGUGCCUGUCUGGGGAGAGCGGGUUGGCUCGAACCCUCAGAUGAUAGCGACGGGCUCCAAUCCGCCCAGCCCGUCAAAUGACGGUGUGGUCACGAGAUCGGAUGCCGGAAGGAAGCCGGCUUUGUUUUUUUCUUCGGACUGAAUGGUGUGCGCUCCUCAGCGGCUGGCGGCAGCGCCGACUCCUCGCCUCCCCGAGUCCUGCCGUUAGGUCGCGGCCUCUCAGAUUCCAGGCCAAAGCCAAGAACUCCGAGCUGAUUGGAACUGACUCUGCCAUGGGUGUAUAAAGCCAUUUCUUGCAGCCAGUGAGGGGGAGCCAGACUGAUCAGAAUCCAGCGCCCGCAGCUACCUUGCAGAGAGAUGAGUGAGAAGUGUUGAUUCGACUGAGGCGCAACAGAUGUUGAAGCAGCUCUGUAAGAGCAACAGCAACACAGAGAGUGGAGGGGAAUCAGGUCAUGCAGCUAACUCCGGGAAAUGUACAAGUAAAGGUCAAGUUGUGGUCGUGGUCAUAAUCACAAUCUUGGUUUUGAUCAUCAUUGUUUUAGCAGCAGCUUUGGGAGUGGUAAUAUCUAGGCCGUCUCCUCCAUGCCACCCUGCUGCCUCCUGGUGCCCGGACGGCUGGUUCAGGAACCGAGGGAAAUGUUACUAUUUUUCUAAGGCCGAAGGGAACUGGACCUACAGCCAGAGCGUCUGCUCUUCACACGCUGCCUCCCUGGCCGGGAUUGAUAAUCUACAUGCUCUGGGUUCCCUGCUGCCCUACAAAGGCAAACUGGACCACUGGAUCGGGCUCUGGAAGGACGUGGGCCAGGUCUGGAAAUGGGCCAACGGGACCGAGUUUGACCAUCGGUUUCAAAUACAAGGUGGAGCAGACUGCGCUUUUCUGGAUGAAGACCUCACAGUCAGCAGCUCCAGCUGCAGCACACAGAGAAAAUGGAUCUGCUGUAAACUUGAUGCCCCUACGAAGGAAGAGGAGCAUGCGGUGGGAGGGGACUCGUGAACUCAUGGGGAUCACAGAUCAGACAUGGCAAAGCCUGGUUCUGGUCCCCUCCAUGGCCCUAUAUGCUGCAACCUAUUUACUUGUUUCGUAGGGCGUGGCUAUACUUGAAGAUGUAGAGCGCUGUAAGUUAAACCAGCCUUCAGAGAGCCCAGUAUGCAAAGCGCUGCAGUGUGUCCACACUGUCAGCUGUGUGCGCACUGGUGUGGUCACAUUUGCGGCACUUGCAGCGGCAUUGGGAGCAGUGCAUUAUGGGCAGCUAUCCCACAGAGCACCUCUUCCCAUUCUGGUGCUGUGUCUUGUGGGAAGGGGGCGGGAGGUGCAGGGCAUUCUAGUCCUGUCCCAGACGCCUCGUGAUGCAUCACUUCACAUCCCAGCAAUCCCUGUGCUUCUGUCCACAUUUGGCGCGAUCUUUCAACGUUUUUUGUACUGCGCGCUCUGUCUUCCCUUUCGGUCCGCAGGAAUGGAGCCCGAACUGCUGAGGAAUAUGCUGACGAGUCUCACUGGCACAUCACGUUUGGCAGUUGAGUUACUCCUUAAGAUACAAAGUGACAGUGAGGAGUCCGAUGAUGAUAUCGACUCGUGUAACACAACACGAGAUUGCUUGUGGCAUUCACAGACAUGCUCACCACUGUGGAACGCCGCUUUUGGGCUCGGGAAACAAGCACUGAGUGGUGGGAUCACAUCGUCAUGCAAGUCUGGGAUGACAAGCAGUG